GGGUUGCAACUUGUCACGAUGCCACUGGAAUGAGUGUUUCCGCGACUGAGACCGGGUCAAUUGAGAUAUAUCGGGCGGCCACGUACAAGGACUCAAAUGCUAUGAGCAGAGCAUUUGGCAUGGAAAUAUACCGAUGCGAUCUCUAGUGUGUUCCAUGGCUACUUCCACGAUCUACACGGAGCAGUAUCCAGGCGUACUUCGACUGAUGGAUGACCACCAAAUCUAGCGCUAGUUUCGUGCGUCGAAUCCAGCCUGACGAUGUGGCUCAUGUCGAAGCCGGUGAGAUGGUUCCGAACACUCUACAGAUGCCGUUUCUCAUCUCAGUAGAGAUGAGGUCUCCCAGAUGUGAAGCCCGGGAGUCGACGACUGCGGGUGGUGACACGCGACAACGAUGCAACUCCCCGUGGAGAGAUGGUGGAGCCGGUCUGGCGCUGUGGAGACGAUCUCGCCACGCGUCAGUCGACCUCGACCCAGGCGCGUCUUCUUGUCCGCAUCCACAGUAUCCCCCCGCGCCUUGCGCCUUGUAGCCUGGCCAACACCAGUAACACACCCGCCGUGAAGGUCGGACCCGACUCCGUUUCAUCGCUUCCGCAUUGAUGGAACGAAGUCAA